AUGGGAGCGGACAUCAGGACAGUGGUCCUUGCAUUGGGGAUCUCCAUUUUCAAACCUUGUCAUCGCAAAGUCUGUUUUCAAGCCGGGAAGAAGUUGUGUUUGAGUCUGAUGGUUUCUACUGGCUCCUGCACCUGUAAGCCUCUCAAUAAUGACAUUCAAAGAGGGGACCCUGAGGGAUUUUACUCUCAUUUGUCAGAGGAGGCUCUUCUGGAGGAGGAAGACAUGGACUCGAACAUGGAGAACCUCCUGGGAACCAUGAAGGAGGACUUUCUGAGGAAACUCAACCUGUCAGACGUUCCUCAAGAGCACAGCAAGAUCUACCCUCCUCAAUUCAUGAUGGAGCUCUACGACAAGUAUGCGUCUGACAGCAUGGCAAUCCCUCAGUCUGAUGUCAUACGAAGCUUCACUGUUCAAGAUAUAACUCACUCAAUGACAAAUGGCACAAAGUCAAAGCACAGGCUGCUGUUCAACAUCAGCAUCCCCAGCCAUGAAAAGAUCACCACUGCUGAACUACAGCUUUUCUUCCUCCCGGAUGCCAGGUCAAGUGUCACCUCCCACAGUUUCAAGACCACCGUCAAAGUCUACGAAGUGGAUUACAACGAUUUCAAAUCUACAACCCAACUACUGGUUGGCCGAGAGGUGACAGGGUUGCAGAGCACGUGGGUGACAUUGGAUGUGACUACAGCUAUUCAGAGCUGGAUCAUGUCAGGCCAUGGAAUGACUGGAUUUGAUGUAGCAGUGGAUGGAAAGGACUGUGGGCUUUCUGGAGAAGGAGCAGCUGGCUGUUAUAAUAUGAGUAUGUCUGUUGGAGAUAACACUUCAGCAGCUUUAAUAGUCUUCUCAGAUGACCUGGGUAGCAGGAAGAGGGAGACAAAGAAGGAACUACAAGAGAUGAUCCUGCAUGAAGAAGAAGCCAUCUUACACUCAGGUGCUGACUGGAACAGAGGGGAUGAACUUCAAAACCAGAUUCUGGAGGCCCAGCACCCACGGAGGAGGAAAAGAAAGGCUGAGAGGGAGUACUGCAGACGGACCUCGCUCAGAGUAAACUUUAAGGAUAUCGGCUGGGACAGCUGGAUCGUGGCACCUCCAGAAUAUGAUGCAUUUCAAUGUCGAGGAUUGUGUUACCACCCACUGACGGAUGAAACAACCCCGUCCAAGCAUGCCCUCAUCCAGACGCUGAUCAACAUCAGGAACCCCAAGAAGGCCAACAUGGCAUGUUGUGUCCCCAUCAAACUGGACCCCAUCACUGUCAUGUAUCAGGAGAAUGGACGCCUCACUAUCAGAUACCUGUAUGAGGAGAUGAAGGUGGCAGAGUGUGGGUGCAGGUAGAAUUGGUGUAAACUUGUUGCAUCACAGAUGAUUGUAAUGGUUUUGGUGCAUUUAAUUCAUUACAGGCUGAUGUUCACUGGUGAUAGGUCAUAUACCAACCUCCAUGCCCAUGGUUUCCAAACAAAAUAGAUCCAUAUGUGAAACUGAAAAAAGACAGCUUUUUAAAGUUUUUAGCUUAACACGACAAAACAGAAAACCAUAAAAAUCAGAUGUUUACAUAAUGUAUUUAAUACACAUUGAAAAGCUUGACCUUAUGUCUUGCUGUUUCAAUUUAUGGUAUUUUGCCAGUAGAAGUGUAUUAUUUUUUAUGUAGUCAAUGAAAAAAAGAAACAUGAAAAAAUGACAAGUAAGAAGUAUGAAAGAAAUUAAAAAAAAAAAACAUCCAUACAUUUUUUUUGGAAACGUACAUCUUUAAUUACUACUACAACUACUACAAAAUGACAUUUUUUGUUGUAUUUUUAGUGAUAGAUUAAAAUGAAUGAAUGCUGAAC